UGCAGAAAUUACAGGUAUAGCAGUGGAGGUCUCAUCACCUUUCUCUCCUCAUGUCGCUAAUUUAGUCUCUAUUCCACUCAUAUUGUAUUCAUUUGCCUCUUGUUUUAGAUUGGAGUCAUAACACACAAUGGAUCCCAUUCUCACCUCUUUCUCUUUCAAGAUUUUCUGGUUCAUUAACAGCUGCUUUUGCAACAUUUUACAGCUGAAAAUCAGAGCGAGAACAGGAGCUAAAUUUGAUUCUUUCUUUCCUUCUCUGUCUCUCUUUCUCUUUCUCUCUCUCUCUCUCUCGCUCCAGCUCCACGCGCACAGUCGCGUGCCUGCUUGUCUGUGCGCCUCAGUCACUCUCAGCAGCUUGUGCAGUGAUAAGCAACUUACACAUUGUAGGAAAGAGACAGAGUGCCUGUAUAUGCGUGUAUGUGUGUGUGUGUGUGUGUGUGUGUGUGUGUGUGUGUCUAUGUGUGUGAGGGAGAUAGAGAGAGAGGCGCACAUCAAGAUGUCUUUGUGGAUUAUUGGAUGGACCUGGUUGUCCAUUACGCAGAAGGAGUCUAAUCUUCUCACAGGAAUAGCGAUGGAUUGGGCAAACGGAUGUUAAAAACUGACCUCUCAACAGCGUAGAUAGAGAGGUAAACUGGGAGAAAAUAUGGACGCAGAGAGUCUUAUUCAACACGUUGAACGAGACAUGGAGGCCACUUCAUUGCCCUUAUCUGUGACCGCCGACUGGCUGGAGGACGGAAACGAGACGACUGGGAAUCAGUUCCAGCAGCCCGACUGGCAGGUGGCUCUGUGGGCUAUAGCGUACUCCCUCAUCAUCCUGGUGUCCAUCACUGGGAAUGUCACAGUGAUCUGGAUUAUCCUCGCUCACAGACGCAUGAGGACUGUAACCAACUACUUCAUUGUCAACCUGGCCUUCUCUGACGUUUCCAUGGCAACAUUCAACACUCUUUUCAACUUUGUGUAUGCGCUUCACAACGACUGGUACUUUGGCCUGGGCUACUGCCGAUUUCAGAACUUCUUCCCCAUCACCGCAAUGUUUUCAUCGAUAUACUCGAUGGCUGCCAUCGCAGUGGACAGGUACAUGGCCAUCAUCCACCCUCUGAAGCCCCGCCUGUCCUCCACCUCUACAAAGGUUGUGAUUGCUGUGAUUUGGAUUGUAGCCAUUUCAUUGGCUUUCCCUCAGUGCUACUACAGCGUGACAAGAUUUUAUUACCCCAGAACUGUGUGCAUGGUCGACUGGCCUGAUGAUUAUGGAGGAAAACAUCAACUAAGUUACCAGUUUGCGGUGAUAUUGCUGAUCUACUUGCUCCCUCUGCUGGUGAUGCUGGUGACCUACAGUCUGGUCGGACAGUCGCUGUGGGGUGGACAUAUCCCCGGAGAGGCGACAGACCAUUACCACAGCCAGAUAACAGCCAAGAGAAAGGUAGUGAAGAUGAUGGUUGUCGUGGUGGUGACCUUUGCCCUCUGCUGGCUGCCCUACCACAUCUACUUCAUAUUGGGAUCGUUUAACAGAGACAUUUAUAAACAACAUUACAUCCAGCAGGUGUACCUGGCCAUAUUCUGGUUGGCGAUGAGUUCGACCAUGUACAAUCCCAUCAUCUACUGCUGUCUAAACCAAAGGUUUCGUGCUGGUUUCCGUCAUGCAUUUGCUUGGUGUCCCUUCGUCAAAGUGUCAGAGGAGGACAAGAUGGAAUUGCAGCACACACACACCUUCAGAGUCACCAUGACACGCAGUCACCGCAACGACAUCUCAUACGGACACACCUCAAUCAAAACAAACAACACCUAUGACUCAAACUUGAGAAACACAGAGCAAGACACUUGCAUGCAGCUUAAAGACCCCAUGUCGUCAAAAACACACAAUGCACAUAACGCACAUGUGGUGAGGAGGCCGGAUGAUACAAAAUCACCAGCUGCCAAACUUAUGGAGCACAACUACUGACAACUUAAACAACUCAUGAUGAGCAUGCUCUCUAUGGGAAGGAAACAGGGUUCUUCUAUAGCUAAAACAGAUGGCGACAAAGAUAAACGAGAGGCUGCCAACAGCCAAUCCGAGCUGAUCAAACCUUCAUCCAUGUGGAAAGGAAAUGUUGAUUAGACCUGACUUGGGACCUGGAACCUUCUGUGUUACAGCGGUAUAUGAAUGAAUGUGACUAUAAAGCUGAUGGAUGUUUUGCUGUCAAUACCAAAGUGGUCAAAGUGAACACGUGAAAAUACAGUUCUAAAUGGGAGAAAAUAUAUCUGCACACCAAACAAUAAGAGUGACUUACUCUGACAUCCAUAUUAGCAUUUACUGCUAGUGGGAAAGUCUGAAGAUAAAUCUUUCCAUCUUUCAUUUCUUUUACUUGAUCUCAUUCUCCUUCCCCUAUUCUCCAUCUUGUAAAUCCUUUCUUUGUAGUUUAAGUGUGGAGUUUUUGUCUGUGGUUACUGGUUUUUUAGUGCGUACAAUGGAUGAACAGUCCAGUGGCAUCAGCAUUAAGCCUUAAUGUUGUUAAUGUGUAUGUUUUGGGGUUUUUCUUUUUUUUUUUUUGUCUGCCACAGGACACAGCACUUCAAAGGGGCAUUUUCAUUUUUCUAUUUUAAUUGUUCUAUUUCAUUCAUUUUCUUCUCCAAUCAUCAUACACAAUGUGAUGUUUAAAGUCAAUCUGUGGUUACUCAGAUUAUUCAAAAAAGUUUUUUAAACCUUGCCAUCAUUCAGAAUUAGCACCAAAGUGCAGGUUAGCCCCUGUAGUUAGACUGAGAUUGGUCAUUUUGAUGACUUUAUAACAAAUGCCAUGCUACAGAAAGCAGGAAGUGACACAUACACUAUGACUUGGUAACUCUAGGUGUAGCAGCAGGACCAACCUCAACAUGUUCUAACCAUAAGAAAGAACAAUUUGUGUGAAAGUGGAAGCAGUGAAGGAAGCACCUCCUGUUUCUAACAUAAAUACACCAUUAAAACUGAGUUUAAUUUAGUCAGAAGUUACCUUAUUUCACACAACUAGCUGAAUCGUUCCAACAUGAAUUAUAUUGUCAGCAUAUAUCUAUUACUGUACAGUAUGCUUUUCUUUGAAAUGUCAGUCACACAGUGUGCAGUCAUGUAGUAGGUUGCUCAUAUAUUGUGAUCUCACUGGUUCAUACUGUAAUAUUUUUCAUGGUCAGUGUGUACAGUGGAGUCCAGAUUAAAAUCUAAAAAAAAAUUAAAAAGUGCUGCUACUUAGAAGACUCUGAUGUGAAAUGUAACUUUGACAUCUAUUGAGUAGAUUCAUGUAAGAUAUACUCAUGAAGUCCGAAUGUAAAUAGGCAACUUGUGUGAUGGUUGCACAUUUACAGUCAAGUCAUGAUGCUGUAAGUAAUGUCGCCUGUCAGCGUAAACAUUUCAGAAUGUAGUCAAAACCUUUGAUUCGUUGUAACAACUUUUUCACUUUUAAAAUACACACAGUGACGGUGUGAAACAUCUGUAUUUGUUAAAAUUAGGUAAUAUGCUUAAUAAAUGUGAACAGUAACACAAUUGCAGUGCAGUAAAUACCCACCCAUUGAGGUUUUUCUUCAUGUAUGACU